AUGGAGACAUGGGAGCAAGGAAGGACUUGGGCAUGGACGCAGCUCAACUGGAUACGCAAAGGAAGAAGGAGAAGCCAUCUUGAAGACCAGCUCGACCACCGGUCGAGUUCCUCAACUCGACCGGCCAAGCUUCAACUCGAUCGAGCUGAGAAGUCAACAGUCAAACCCGAAAAAUGUUGCUUCCCCCUUGACUUUCCUUUGACCCUAAACCUAAAUCCUCUUGCGAUUCUCCACAUGGAAGUGAUGGAAAUCGCUGGAAAAGAUCCACUAAGAGCUCCAAUAUCUCUUGCUCUCGAAAUAGAGGGCUUCGGGUCGACCGCGGCGUUGGGAUGGUCGGUCGGGACGAUCGGCCGGUCAGUUGGAUCUUGGGCCGAGUCGGAACGGUCGUGCCGGAUAAUUGCACGGUCGGCCGGCGUGGUCGGGCGGAUAGGGAUUUGGCCGAAGGUUACUGGCCGGACGUGGGACGAUCUUCCCCGGCUGGACGGAUGCAUCGGCCGUGAAAAGGAGUUAUACCAAAAGAGUGAAGACUGUCCAGACGGCUCUAUCGAGAACAGCGCCCAACCGCGCAGUCCGGCUGGCCGAGGAACGAAUGUUCCGCGCUCGGCCAAAGCAUCCGUCCGACUGAAGUCUCGGCCAAAGUCCAAAACCACUCGGCCGAUCACGCAGACCCGGGAAACAAGUCCCGCGGUCGGCCAGCCAACGCACGCCAAGCCGCGCACGACCAAAGCGCGCGAGCCGGGAACAAGCCUCGCGGCCGCGCAACCUCUGCGUACCACGGCCGAUGCAUCCGUCCGAGCCGGGAAGAACGUCCCACGUCCGGCCGAGAAUUUCAUCGGCCAAUUCAUCCGUCCGACCACGCCGGCCGACCGCGAAUCCAUCCGACCCCGACCGUUCCGACUCGCCACGACCCGAUGUCCGGCCGAUCGUCCCGACCGACCGUCCCAACGCCGCGGUCGACCCGAAGCCCGUUUUGAAGCCCAAACUUAUGUUUUCAAGCCCGGCUUAACCCUAAGCCGCCUCUAG